GUCGUCCAAACUAUCGGAGCUAGAGUGGCAGAUUUAGUAACCCCUGAGGUCGUGGUGAUCGAAGACGCAGGAAUCGCGAAGCUUUUGUCAAGUGGUUAUGGCCGGACGAAAGUCAAUCAGAUCCAGAACAAGAACAACGUAAUCAUUCAGAGAAGCAACUUCGGUCGUCGUAUUCAAAUAACGGGCAGAUCAGAAGCUAAACUCCGCACUCGGACGCAGAUUGAGAAAUUAAUUGAAGACCUACAGAAAACCACGCAUUUAGAGAUCGAUUUACGACAUUCAGAUCGACCCGUGGGUGCAAUCCGAGAGAUUUUGAAGCACUUCGGGAAAGACCUUAACAAACUAGUUGAAGAGGAACACUGCCAAGCAUCCAUGGAGAUCAGACGUCGAAAACUUGUACUACGCGGAGCUAAGGAAGCUGUUGGUCAAGUUCAAAAUAAAGUAGAAGAAUUUCUUAAAACAAACGUUGAUAUUGAAUGUCCUGUUUGUUUUGCCGACACCGUUGAAGUUCCGUAUUUUCUCACUCUGUGUGGCCAUGCGUAUUGCUCUGCUUGUAUUACGCAGUAUCUUAGCAAUGUUUUUGAUUCAGUAAAGAGUGCUGACUUGUUCCCUCAAAAGUGUAUGUGUGAGGAAUGUGAAUCUCCUGCCAUCAAGGAAGAUUACGUAGCGCUUUUAAAUACAGAACAAAUUCAAAAGCUAUACCGAGUUUCGUUGGAAUGUUUUUUGAUUGGCAACACUAGCUACAAGCCUUGUCCGACACCUGAUUGUUCUUGGGUAUAUGAAGUCACUUCCGUUCCAGGCGUGUUUGCCUGCCCUGAAUGUAACAUUCGUUUGUGUAAGAAGUGUGGAGAUUCAGCUCAUGACAAAUUUGAUACGUGUGAAGCAUAUAAAGCGAGUAAAGAAGGAUUGUCGAAGUCAGAGCAACAAUUGAAGGAAUGGGCGGAAGGAGCGGAUACUCGCGAGUGUCCUAAAUGUUCAGUUACGAUUGAGAAAAAUAAAGGAUGUUCGCAUGUAAAUUGUAGACAAUGUAAUGCACAUAUCUGUUGGAAAUGUGGAAGGUUUUUCAAAACAGAUAAGGCAUGUUACAGUCACAUAGAUUUUUGUGAGAAGAUAUAGAUUAUUGACAGAUUUUGGAUGUGAUAAUUUUGCAACAACUGAUGAAUGCAAGUUCGUACUCAGAGAGAAGAGAGAUAGAGCACGAGUGUUGUACUCGUACAAAUUAUUGAAAGAAGUAGUCUCUCUUCUCCGCAGAGGUUUUCAUGCGCUAGAGUAGCAAUAGAGCCAUACAGACACGGAAAGGAGCUUUGCUGUUUCGCCUGAUUUUACCUUAUAUCGUUAUGACGUUCAGUAAGGUUAGGUGAUUAGGGACUGGGGUUCAGUGACUGGGUCAAAAUCAAAGAGAAAUAUAUUUGUGCGUGAAACAUGACGAACCUUCCCACCUCUUAUCAUCUAGCGGCUUUGGAAAAUAACGAGAAAGCCUCUGUGGAGGACAGAGAGGAGAAAUUAUAGUGAUAGUAUAGAUUUUGGUUUUCGCGUUUACUAAUAAUGAUCUCUUUCGGCUCAAAAAUGGUUAUUUUUAACGCGCGUAAUACUAAAAUACUCAAAAUUUGCUCAUUUCACAGGGCUAUAUUUUCCGUAUUUGACAACAUUUCGCAACCAAACUUUGCAAUUUUACUAAUUUUGGGAUGAUCUUUUGAGGUAUAGUGGUAUAUUUCGUGUCUAGACAAAAAAUUAGUCGAUAGCUGGAAUUGUCUAUUAUGGAAAAGGUGAUUGUAUUCCGUUUUGGAUCCGUUUUAUUCCAGAUAAGAAGAAGUACGCGUAGCAAUAACCGCUUACCGAAAUCGCUGGCUCUUCACUAUAAAAUUUAUAGAUAACGAGAGAAAUACUUUUCAACGAAACGAUAUUAUGCAGAAUGCAACCAUAUUUUAUCAAAACCAUGGGCGUACCGGAAGGAAAAAAAUAGGGGGGCGGGAAGAAAUUUGCCCGAGUUUUCGCCAUUGUGCCGGAUAAUAAACCAAAAUUGCCCGACUGUUGAUUGAAUAUUGCCCGACUGCCCAACAAACUGGGGGGGGGGGGCUACCGCCCCCCUUCCCCGCCCCCCCCCCACCGCCCGGUACGCCUAUGAAUUUCGAAACUACCUUCGAAUCUGUGUGCAGAGAAAAUCAAUGCUAAAAAUGCCACAAGUAUGCUACCUCCUCCUCAGGCCUUUCAAAAAUAUAAAAUUGGUGGGAAACGAACGGUCUAAUUUUCUCAAAAUGUCCUGAACGUUCAAGAAAUGAGCAUGGCAAUGAUGGCUUCUGACAACCUAGUCCCUCUCGCAGUAACCUGCGAUCAGGCCUAUAAACUAGAAAAUACAUGCAUGCAGAAACCCUCGCCUUGCUGACAAAACCAUUGUAUUUUCCGAAGUAUCUGAAGUAGUUGUCAUGGUAGCACGAUAAUUUUUUAAGAAUAUUCUUACAAAUGAAAAAUCGCCUAAAAAUAUCACUUUUAAUUACAAAAUUAUCAAUUUCCCAACAUAUAUAUGUUAGGUAUGUUAUUAUACGUAAUAUGAGCUUCAAUUUAAUUAAGGUAAAAUUCAACUACAAACGCUUCGCAAAACGUUUUAAAAUGUUCUUUAUAAAACUAAACUGCCUUUAUAAAUUAAAUGGCUUUAUCGAUAAACUUUGAGUUUGCAAUAAAAUGAUUUCAAAUUCUUGCAUGCAAAUAACUUUAAAUAAAUUUAAAGCAAUUAUAAAAUCAAAAUUUAAAGGUGAUCUACAGUCCAUAUGUAAACAAAGCCUUUGUUUACAUUUUUGUGUCCAAAAUAUCGAGCUUUAUUCGACAACUAUUUAUAUUUUCAAGCUUCCAGAGUAUAAUAAAUGAUCAAGAAACAACAAUCAGUCUUUUCAAGAACUCAAAACAUAGUUAAACUGUUUCUAUCAUAAAAAGUGGGCUCAUUUGUGCACAUGCGCAGAUCGGACUGUAGAUCACCUUUAAAACAAACUUACCUUCGUUAACGUUGGCUCCCUUCUUUUAGCCGAUUCUUUCGCCCUUUCUUUCUGAGAAAGCUUUUGAAAUUUACAAAAUCUUGCAAAAAUGCGAGCAAAAAUGAAAUAUAUUUGCAGGAAAUUUAUCAAUCAUCAAAUCGAGAAAUGUUUGCUAUUUCGCUGUCGUCAUGCAGUCGUUAUAUAAUGCAAACUUUAAAAUGGACCAAUCAGUGUCCGCCCUUCAUGACAGUCCGCCAUAUUUUUGAGAUCAGUGAGGAUGACCACACACCCAACCAUCUAUGCACCCAACACUCCAACACCCACGAUCAUUGAUGAACUUUAGACUAAUUCGCUAAUGCUUUCGUUUCCCCGGGUGUAAAUAGCCGGGGGGAAUUAGUACCCUCGCACGGCGCUUCGCGCCGUCGGCUCGGGGAUAAAUAGGCCCGAUACAAUAGACCUUUACAAAAGUCUAUGCCGUACAACCAUAUUUCGGCUAGCCUGCGUAGCAGGCGUUUAGUGCGGGCGGGAGAAAAGAGGGCGUCGUUAAAUAAACGCCUACCCAAAUGCCUAUGAUUAAUUUGUUCUUCUCCAAAAAAUCUUCGCAAAAGCUUCCCAUUGGUCAAUCUCGUUAACGGAGUAAUUACGUAACUCAAAUGUCAACAAUAAUUUUGCUCGCGUAUCGAAAAUAUGCCGCCUGUUAUAAUUUCAAGUAUUUAGGCUUCGAAAUUCAGUUGAAACAAGAAUAGAGAAAGUCUAUUAUUAAUUUGCUAUGUGGUGAAGACGCCGGUUAUCGCGAUUCUUCCUACGGAAAGUCGGCAAAUCAAAGGCAAAGCUUGCCCGAGCUGAGUGACCAUAGUGGCAAGUAAAGGCUGCAUUCCAGUUACGCGUUUUUCAUACGUGCGUACACGCAUGUAAAAUUGCAAAUAACCUUAACAAAUACACAUUAAAUUAUACCCAAAACUGAAUGCUGUCCUUUUUAUCACAAGAACCCUCCUCAAGAAUCGCGAACUCAAAACCGGGUGAUCAUUUUUACGCGCAGGUUGCGGAAACUGAUUAACAAAAUGAAAGAACUUCCAAGAUGACCUGACGUGAGCAGUUGCUCGCGCCAUAUCACGCCAUUGCGCGUGUUCUAUAGCGUUUUAUGUCAAUUGCUGACGUCAUUAGAAUUUUAAUUUAAUUUAUAAACUUUGCCGAUGAAACAGUACAUUACCAACCUCGUACCCAGGGUCUUUCUUGGUACAUUACAUGACAGAAACAAACGUACAUAAUGAAAUACAGUAGGUACAUGACCACGGCUGGGUGACCGCAACAGCGAAUAUACUCUUAAAUAUACUCUUAAAUGUUCGAGAGUUUUCAGGAUCAUAAUUAAUGUUCAGUGAUGUAAAGUAAUACUUGAGCAAAUCUGAUUUAAAUACAGAAAUGCUAGUAUCAUUAGUGAGGUUCAGUUCAUCUGCAAGAUAAUUCCAAACUCGGCACGCUCUUACGAGGAAAGAUUUUUGGUAGGUGAUAGUUCUGCAUUUAGGGAUGACAUAUUUCAGUUUGUUUGAUGAGGUUGAUCGGAUUGCUCUACGAGUGGCCAAGAUAGCUGGCGACACUUGGGGAUUUAGCGUUACUAGACCAUGUGUGAUUUUAAAAAACAUGAUGAGGUCCAAGUAUUCGUGCCUUUAGAAAAAUAAUGCGCUAUAUCUCUCUAUUUUGUCUGGUGACCUAUGUUCAAAUUUUGCAUGCUGUGUUGCACCGCUAAAAACUUUCAUUGUACAAAAAAUUAAAAAAUUCUGUAAUGUCAAAAAAAUUUUACCGAAGAAUAUGACAUUUUCGUAUUUUCCAAAAAAAUGGCAUUACAGAAUUUUUUUAUAUUUUGCUAAUUGUUAACUUUUGAUCCAAGUAAAAUAAUGCACGAAAAAAAAUUGGAGGUCACCAUGCUUCUUUUCCAACUAUGGGGUCACCAUGCUUCUUUUCCAACUUGAGCUACGGGCUACUCAGGUUAAUUGGCGGUUCAAAUCCCGCGAUGGCCAACCUUUUGUUUUUCGUUCUCAUAUUUUUUUCUCUAAGAUUUUUCCUAAGAUUGUCUUUAUACAAUACCUUUCGGUUAGAUUAGGGUUAGAGUUCGGAUCAGUUUUAUUUUUUAAGUGUGGAAUUACCAGACAACACAGUUUAAUAUUAAAGUGUGGAGGUACUAGACAACAAAGGGGAGUUAAAAAUUGUAAAUUACUAUUAUUAAAUUGCUCCUUCUUUCAAAAUUCGAUAAAUUGUUUUUUAGAAAUAUUAUAAUAUUUCGCUGUCACUUCGGGCCAUUUUGUACUUCGCGCAAAUUUCAAUAAUUCGCGCGCGAAUUCGAAUUGCUUCAGCCGCUGACAUGAUCUGAUUUGAUCGCGGACGGGGGUCACAGAACGCCCGGGCACAAAAUAGAAACCCGGGCCUGAAAUUGACUACCGUCAGCCUAGACCUAGGCCUUCUAGUCUUGUUUAUAUGUUUUUAAUAUUCAGCGCUGUUGCGUCAGGCUUGUGUCAUUCCUCCGCCCCGCCCCCAAAUCACCUGGUCCCAGUCUUUUCAUGUGAAAAAGCGCUAAAUCUUAAAAAAAUAUAAAUAAAAAUAGAAGGCCUAGGCACAGAAGAAGGUACACAGAAGGCCGACUUCUUUGUUUUUCCUAUGAUUUUGCUAUGAUUUUGGCGUAACCCGUAAUUCGUCAUCAAAUGCUGACGCCGUGGUCCUAGCCAGUGCGCGUUUGAGAGGCAUUCGCCCCCCUGAUAUUAUUCAAAAUGGCGGAUGUCCAGGGGGGGAAUGCCUCUCAAACCCGCACUGGCUAGGACCAUGGCGUCAGCAUUUUGAUGAUGAAUCAUGGCGUGGCAGCGUUACUCGAGUCGACCUUCUGUGGCCUAGGUCACAGAGUAAGUAUAUACAGAGGCGGAACUCGAGGCAAAUCAUGUCCCCACUUUUUUAAUGCGCAUGCGCGACCCUCUGGCAAGUGUCAUGCACAUUUUUUAUCAGGAAAUAGAUAGGAAAAUGCAAAAUUUUGGCAAUAAAACGGCGAUUUGAAGCGCAGUAACCGAUCAAUCUUUAUUUUGUGCACGCAUUUUGCAAAUAAAUGGCACACUGCGUCUUCUUAGCGAAAGGAAAUUGAACGAAUACCAUUUUUAACGGCGAAAAUGAGAAAAGACACCCGAAGGAGUGAGAAUUUCUGGCAAUCUGAAGAUUCGAUUCUGUAGACCUGAACUCCAGCUGGAACUUGGCAACUUUAUAUGUGAGUUUUUUUUCUCUAGCUCAUAUAUAUGAAAUUAUCAAUAUAUUUUUGUGAAGUGCAAUGUUGUAUGAAAGGGUUGUCGUUAAUUUAAACAUUGCAUAAACAGCAUUCAGGUACGAAAAAUAUGAACAUCAACAUUCAACAUGGACUUACUGAGUAAAUGGACUUGGACAUGGAGCCACAGUACUCUAAAGUACUCAUAUAGACUCUAUUUAACUUAUAUGUUGACCCAAUGGUGGGGGAUUGGUCAAAUUAUACUUUAUAGUGAUUCCCCUCCAUACUGGAAAGUUCGUAUGUUACGCCGGAUAUAUCCGGCGUAGGAUUUUACAGAUUACGCCAAAUUUGGCGUAAUACUAAAUCAAUUUUUCGGUUGAAACUGUUGGCGUGGCGUAAAUGGCGUAAAGCGUAUAUAACGGUAUAGUGUUGGCCAGGGCCUUUUUUAACAUACAAGCUGGGGGGGCAUUUGCCCCCCCCAGUCCCCCCUUGUGCCCCCCCAAGAAAUCACAUUUUGCCCCCCCCCAGGAAAAGUCCCUUUUUCCUAAAAUUAUAUAAACAAUCCAGCGAAGAUUAACAAAUAGAUAAACGGAAAGUAAGUUUUAGGCUUUAUCCUUUGUUCUUGUUUAACAAAAUCGAUUUAAAUUGUUACUUUUUUUAUCACUAAGUAAUGAUAAAUUAUUGUUAAUAUUUUUUUAUUUUUUGGAUGCUCAUGCAGAAUGCAGGAAAUAGCAUUUCACGGUUUCAAAUUUCAAAAAUUUUCUUGGGAUUAUCCCUCUAAUAAGUAAUGAUAAAUUACAGUUAAUAUUCUUUUUUACUUUUAAUUUUGUUCAUUUUUCCAUCUUUUAUUUCAAAUACAACUAUAGUUAGCAUAUAUUUUAGAGCAAAUUUGGAUGCUCAGAAUGCAGGAAAUGGCAUUUCCGUGGUUCAAAUUUCAAAAAUUUUCUUGGGGAGUACACCCCCACACACCUGACCAUUGCUAUCCUCCUCUGAUAAGUAAUGAUAAAUGAUGGUUAAUUUUUUUCACUUUUUGUGCGUUUCUUCCUUUAUUUAUUUCAAAUAGAAGUAUAGUUAGCCAGUUAGGAUAAAUUUUGGAGCAAAUUUGGACGCUCAGAAUGCAGGAAAUGACAUUUCCGGGAGUCAAAUUUCAAAAAUUUUCUGGGGGAGUACACCCCCAGAAGACCCCCCAAUUCAUGCGUGGUAUAUUUGCCACACACGUGGCUUUCAGCCAUUGCUAUCCCCCUCUAAAAUAUUAUCUCACAGAAAGGUCCCUUUUCAAAAAAUGCCCCCCACGGGAAAAUCCUUAAAAAAGGCCCUGGUGUUGGUGACUUGGCGUUCACGAGUGUGUCGGCGGUGUGGCGUUAUGUGGCGUUCUUAAUUUCUGGCACAGUGGCACGAUUGUUGUUCCAAAUUUCUAAUGUAUUAUAUAACGCCAUGAAAACUUUAUAUUUGAAAUAAUUUAUGAUAAUAAAUAUUCAAUUGACAAAAUAUUGUAUAAAUAAUUUUGCCGGCAAAUUUUACGCGUACAGCAAACUGUCGAGCAAAAAUCUACGCCGACGCGACUCUGUGACCAUAUAUUUUGCAAGGCAAUUACUAAAUAAGCAUGAAAAAAAUUAGCAAAAUGUAGAAAAAAAUUACUAAAUUUCUGCUGUCAACCAAAGUGGUCUGAAAAUCAAUAGAACAUCUCAAUAAAACAAAAUCAGUAAUACACUUUCCAUCAUUGAAACUAUGUUUUUCCAUGUUUUUCUUUCUCACUUGUACUUUUGAUUGCAAUUGUGCAAAAUGCAAAUAUGGUGUCGCGUUGUCGAGCCGGUGUCACAUCGGAUUUGUACUCCCCACGGAUAUGGACCCCCCGGUCCAUAUCAGCUAGCUGAUUCGGACCCCUACGGUACAUAUCUGGUAGCUGAUAUGUACCCCCUUCCGCGGAAAUGGAUCCCCUAAAAUUCACAAAAGAAGAAGUUUUGAAACGAUUUGCAGUUGAAUGUGCAUGGAAAUUUAGGCGUCAGUUUAAUUCUACAGCCCCUCUAAAUAUUACUUGUAAAUAUUAUGGCGUGUACGAAUUCGUAACGCAAAAAGCACGUUCGGAUUGUGCACGCAUAAGACACAGUUACUGUUACUCACAUAUGUUUGUUCCCUAGCUGUGCACUUAGAUAAUUCAAGGACCGCCAAUGAUGAGUUGAUUGAUGAAGAGUUGGUUAACAUUUUGGUAGAUAUGGCAAACGAAACCGAAGGAUCAGCAGAAGAUAACAGCACACCAUCCAACCACAUUCAAGGUAUGCAUAUAGUUUAUCCAGAUCGAGAGUACCAAUAGAGGAAUUUCAAAUAAUUUAUUAUAUUCAUUUUGAAAUGAAUGGUGUUUCUUGGAAUCUGAUUGGCUCUUCAAGAGUACUGACUUCAGCCAACUUUUAAUCAUAUGUAACCAUAGGAUUCAAACAGCUAAUCAAUUUUAAGAGCAAUUUACAGAAUUUACAGGACAGAGACCUUGAUUAGACAUUUAGGUUUUUUAGGGCCGCAAGUUAUAUUGUUGCAUAUAGUUGCAUUGUCUACAGCUGCUCCUGGUCAUAAGUCUAAAAAUAAAAUGUUGAUAUAUUUGAGUGUUUAAUACCCAUGCAAAAUUCCUACUGUGACUUCAGAAACUAUGAUAGUGUGAACCAGCCUCAAACUAUUAUGAAAUUGCUGUAUUUCAGAAAGCGAAGACACUGUGAGUAAUGACUCAAAUCAAGAAGAGCCAUCAACAACGGCAGCAGUGGAGCCCUCUCUCAUGGACCCUCCAAUUGCUAAUGUUGAAGUCGACCAUGCCCCACUAACAUAUCGAAUUGUGGAGGAGGGGACCAAACGGAGAAAAAUAAGUCUGGUAGAUAGUGUUGGGUUUAAAUAUAAUGUCCACUCAAAACGAUCAUAUGCUACGUACUGGCAAUGCACUGUGCGACCAAAUGGAAACCCAUGCAAGGCAUCUGUGGUUGAAAGGAACGGCUUGUUUCUCGCAGGGAAGUCAAACCACAACCACCAGGUUGAAGCAGGAGCCUUUACAGCAGCUGAAGUGGUGGCAGCAGUUAAACAAAAGGCAUUGGAGGAGAAAUUCAGGCCGGCUUCAGCCAUAGUUGAAGAGGUAGAUACAUUAGGGGGGUCCUGAGGGGGAGGGGAGAACUUAUCAGGAUUUACAUAUGUGGUACACUUAACUAAUUAGUAAUUAGUUUCUCAACCUACUUUUCGUUAGAAAAGGCAGCAUGCCGUCUCCACAGAUAUUUUUUGCACAAAUUUUCAUUCAAAAGUUUCUGCGUAGCUUCUCGUAAAGUUAUUUGACUCUGUCUUUAUGAUGGUAUAUGUUUUUUUUACCAUUGUGUUUUUCAUUCCCAGUAUCCUAAAUCCCCUUCACGACGCUUUGAUAAGUGUAUAAGGGCUAAGGCUCACAUUUUAUUAUGAAUCAUUUUAUUUAUAUUGAUCUUGUUGUUCUUUUAUAUAAGAUCCUUCUUAACAAGCUCGAUCAUGACAUACCCUGUGCAGCACUGCCAAAACUGGAGUAUAUGGCCAGAGCAGCGAACAGGCUACGCCAAAGAUCAAGGCCUAAAGAUCCACAAGACCUGCAGUUCGAACUAGAGGAGGACUGCAUCCCACCAGGAUUCCUUCAGGCUGACGUGGCGGUAAAAGAACGACGCCAUCUUAUCUUUGCCAAGGAAGAACAGUUGAAAACAUUAUGCAAAGCAAAGACUUGGUAUAUUGAUGGCACAUUCAAGUUGGUUCGUCAUCCAUUUAAACAGCUGCUAACAAUAAAUGCCUUUGUAAGGUCUGGUGAUCAUGCCAAACAAGUUCCACUUGUAUAUAUCUUGAUGUCAGGACGUAAAAUAAAGGACUACAAGAAGGUACGUUUUAUAGAAAAGAAACCUCAGUCAGUUUUUGUAAACGCCAAUUAUCAUUAUCUGUAUAAUACAAUGAAAUGUUCAAUGACCGAUGUCAAUGUCGAAGAACAGUAUCUUUUGCACUCUUUCAGAGUAUCACUAUUUAUUGUUCCACAUAUAGUUGACUCGAAUCUUGGGUUUAUUCCUUGAAUCAUUGGCUGAUUAUGAUUUUAUCCUGAGUGGCAGUCAACUAAAAUCGUCUGCGUUAGGCAGUGUAAAUUAAUGGAAUGAGGAAAUAGUUGGUAUCAGUGAUGAAACAUUAGUAUAAUCUAAAGAUGCAAUGUUACGUUAGUUUCACUUUCAUAUAUAAGAUGGUUUCCACGCCGUCUUUUGAUUAUUUAAGUUGACUCCCGAUUCGUGCAUAUACAUGAGUUAAUUUAAGUAGGGUAAAACAACAUUUUAACCGAAUCGAUUCUUUAAACCUUAGAAAAUGUAUUAAAAAUAAAACUGAUCAAUUUUUUGAAAUAUAUCGACUCCAAUCUUAAUUGGGUUUAUUCCUUGAACAGUUGGCUGAUUAUGAUUUUAUCCUGAGUGUAAGUCAACUAAAAUCGUCUGCGUUAGGCAGUAUAAAUUAAUGGAAUACAAUUCUCAACUCUCAAAUAGGUAUUGAAAGAGAUUGUUGAUAUUCUGCCAAUGGACCCACAUGUAAGUAAGAUCACCCUGGACUUCGAAACUGCGUUAUGGAAAGCCUGCAGAUCUAUUUUACCAGAUGUAAAACUGCAAGGAUGUGUUUUCCACUGGACCCAGGCUCUUUGGCGGAAGGUAAUUAAAAUAAUUAAGCUACAGGUAUAUAAUGCCGUCUAUAAAAUUCGGAAAAUAUAAUUUGGUUAUUACCCAUCUGAACGGACUUUACAUGGCAAUUAUACAAAUUUCUUCAUGGAAUCGUUGAUGUUAGUAACAAGUAGGCAUUAAACUGGAGUGGAAAAAAUGGUCAAGAGAAAAUUAUCAAAUAGUCAUGCUUUAAUAUGACAGGACUUGGGAUAAUUUUCUAUGACUUUAAUUUAGAUUCUUUUGUUACAUAGAUUCAAGAGCUUGGUCUCCAGACAGCAUACACAAACGACGAUUCCAUUUAUAAAUAUUUAAGGAAGUUAAUGGCUCUUCCAUUCCUUCCUCAUAAUCAGAUCCAACCAAUCUUCACCACACUAAGUCAACUGGCUCAAAAUCCACCCCUUUCAAAGUUGGUAGAGUACGUCAAGAAGCAGUGGAUCGAAAGCAAAACAUUUCCUCCCAGAAACUGGAGCAUUUACCAGGAAGCUGUUCGGACCAAUAAUGAUAUUGAAGGUUGGCACAAUGCUCUAAACAGACAUGCAGGUGGAGGAAGCAAUUUAUCUUUGUAUCUCCUGAUCGAGAUAUUGGAACGAGAAGCCCAACUGACUGCAAUCAACAUUAGACUCGUGUCGGAACGCAAGCUGAAAAGGAUCCAACGGAAGACAUACAGGAAUCAGCAAGAAAAACUCUUCCAACAAUGGGAACUGUACGAGAAUGGUAAGAAGACGAUUGAGGAACUAUUACGAUUUUGCUCUCAUAUUAAUGGGCCAGCCCGUGGCUAA